CAGCCAAGCCGGGCGGGGCCGGGGUGGGCGGGGCCUCGCGGGCGGGUCCGGGUCCGGGCCCGGCCCCCACCUCCCGCCGCGCAGUGCCGUUCCCCUAGCGAGUCGUCGUCGCCGAACUUUCCGGAACAGCAGCUGCAGCAGCAAUGGCCCCGCCCUGGGUGCCCGCCGUGGGCUUCACGCUGGUGCCCAGUCUGGGGGGCUUCCUGGGCUCCCACUAUGUCCGCGGGGAGAGUCUCCGCUGGUACGCCGGUCUGCAGAAGCCCUCGUGGCACCCGCCCCGCUGGACGCUGGCUCCCAUCUGGGGCACGCUGUACUCGGCCAUGGGGUAUGGCUCCUACAUGAUCUGGAAAGAGCUGGGGGGCUUCUCGAAGGAGGCUGUGGUUCCCCUGGGCCUCUACGCUGGGCAGCUGGCUCUGAACUGGGCAUGGCCUCCCCUCUUCUUCGGUGCCCGACAAAUGGGUUGGGCCCUGGUGGACCUCCUGCUGAUGGGUGGAGUGGCGGCAGCCACGGCCGUGGUCUGGCACCAGGUGAGCCCACCGGCCGCCUGCCUGCUCUACCCGUACCUGGCCUGGCUGGCCUUUGCGGCCACGCUCAACUACUGCGUCUGGCGGGACAACCAGGACCACAGCCGUGGCCGUCGGCUCUCGGAAUGAAGGCGCCCCGUCCUCCGAGGACUGCAGCCGCUGCGGGUCAGGCGUUGCUGGUGGUGGUGGCCCCCGGGCUCUCCUGGCCGCCAGGCUGCCUGUGUGUCCGGUCUCAGCCCAGGGGUCACCAGCAGUUUCAGAGGUGCUCCAGGCCGAGCCCCCACCCCAGAAACAGAAUCCUGUGCUUUCUGCACUGCUCGAAGCUCGCUGUCAGAAUGUGGAAUUUUAUAAGCCAAAUAAAGUUUUUCAACCUCCUG